AUGCAGUAUGGCGAUGGGCUCGUGGUGGUCGCGAUUUCCGCCUUCGCGGCGCUUCUCUGCGAGUUCAUCUCGUGGGUAUUAAUCUACCGCACCGCCAGCUAUCGCGCGUUGACGCAGAGCAUAGAGAAGACGAGUCGCCGCGUGGAAUCCAUGAAGGAGCGCCAAGCGGGAGCGGCGGCGGCGGCGGCGGGGAGGAAGAGCGCGUCGCGCAAGAUCGGGCGGUUCGAGCAGAGCCUUAAGGACUCGAACCAGGCGCUCAGCCGAGCCAAGUUCCAGUCCGGUGCAGUGGUGGCAGUGACGCUGCUGAUCGUCUUCGGGUUGCUCAAUUCGCUCUUUGACGGCAAGCCGGUCGCCAAGCUGCCCUUCGUGCCCUUCGCCUUCAUUCAGCGCAACAUGUCGCACCGCAACCUGCCAGGGGACGACCCCACCGACUGUUCCAUGGUCUUUCUCUACAUGCUCUGCUCGCUCAGCAUCCGCCCCAACCUACAAAAGCUACUUGGCUUCGCCCCUCCCCGUGGCGCUGCUCCCAACAUGUUUGCGGGCCUCGAUGCCAAGAACAAGUGA